CAAUGCUAUUGACCAUCUCAAAAAUAGGUAAGAAGUUAUACGUAUAUUUAAUUAUAUUUCCACUUAAAAAAACGGGCUUUCCAAGGCGUAGUUAAUGAUAGUGUCAACAAUUAUACGUCAUCGAAUUUUGGGCUCUUUUUAGGAAGAUGACAUCCUAGUAAUUUAUUUUUUUGUGACAGCCAAAUCUGACUCAAAAUGAAUACAUUUGUUCUCUUUCAUUUAUUGAUGACAUAACCUUCACCAAUAACUCUCCACACCCCAUCCCUUAUGUACGUAUUAGGUACCACUCCCCCCAAAAAUGAUGACAUAAUUGAAGUAAUAUUUAUUCAGCAAUAUAUAAGCAAAACUUAAAGAAUUUCAGACAUCAUUUUAUCUUUGGAUUACAAUCUAAAAUAUCUUUAUUUCAGCAUAAUUUUACAUAUGGAUGACCCCAAAAUAACAUGUGCCUGACUUAUGUUAAUUUUUCGAGCAAUAAUAUACAGCAUGUAACUAAACGUAUAGUAGUAGCUCGCACAAGGAAUAGUUUUCCUUUCUUAAUCAGUUACCUGCAUUAAGUUUCACUGUAUCUUGUAAAACUUUAUUUUGGUUCGUUAGGAGCAAUUCAUUUUAACUUAAUUUUGUAAAUUUGUUAGUUUCGUUUUUUAGUAGUGGUAUUGUAGUUUCCACAAAAAAUAGCUCCUUUUUGUCUUCAUUUCAUUGGAUUUUGUAAAUCUUUAGUUCAGUUCAAAUUUUUACUCUCCCUCCUCCCUGUAUCAUGCCCUCCGGCAAAAUGUGGGAUUUCACAAAGCAUUACCUAUAAAACCAAAGUCCUAACGGCUGUUCAACAUUGCAGAGGGAGGAGGGUAUUUGCUAUUUGUAGAAAGGCUUCUCUAGGAAUAACAGUUUAGAACUGAGUAGAGAGUUGGGCAGUAUAAAUAAAGUUAGUUUAGUUUGCAUGGCGUUCAAAUUUCCAAGUAUAUAUACUAAAAAUAUAUUUGGUGAAGCCAUGCCUGUGUGCGAUUUCCUGUUUCAACCACGAUUGAAAUAGCGAUAAAUGUCAUAAAUUGACCUGGCUUUUUUUUGUGAAAGACAUGUAUAUUAUCAAUUUGCAUUAAACCGCCAUCUUCACUAUGAACUGAUGGGGAUCCGGGCUGACGGACCGAAAGCUUCACCAAUAAAUAAACAUAAUGUUUUCUGACAAAGUAGGGCAGAGGGGAUCAUGAUGUUUGACUUGUCAAUGUCCAAUGUAGUAAUACUUUCCGAAGUAUCAACAAAUAAUCGCAAGUUUUAUAUUCAAAAUUGCAUGUUGUUGUUUCCUACCAAAGUUGUUUACUUUUAAUUAAUAUAAACAAUUAUAAGGGUUUUUACUUUGGAAUCAAAAAUCAAAACAUCAAUAAUCGUCUGGACAAUCUGUCGAUUUUCUUCUCGUUCUUGUUCUUUUCUUGUCUUCGAAGCUUCAGCUAUGCCAACAAGUUGCACAUCAAUAUGUUGGUUCUCACUUUUAAAGUUCUGCAUGCGCUCCAUUGAUAGAAUAUGCAUUUGCCUUUUAGCAUGAUUAGCAAGUUUUCCACUUUCGCCAGAAGCUUUUUUCCAUGUACGAAAGCCUGUCUUUGUGAAUGUUUCUUCUGAGCUUCCAACUAAAGUUAAGUUUUAGGUCUAAAUUAUACUCCAUCGAUAAAUUACGCAAAUCGUUUUGUGUGGCAAAAUAUGAGUGGCGAAAAGUGCGGUUUUCUGACAGUCAGACUAGAAUGAACUGAGUUUGAAAUGUGACUAUUGCAUAUAGUAACUUGAGGUAUGAUAUGCCCAAAAUAGCGGAUUGCCGGGAGGUACAGAUAGUGUCAAAACCGCUGCAUAUAUGUUUUAAAAAAUCCUAUUAGGAUAUUGCCGGAAGGUAGAAAUAGUGUUAAUUUACUGUCAAAACCGCUUCUUGGUUUUAUUAAGCCUUUUGUCUAGUAGGCGCAAAAGGAUGUUGCUCGUUAUUAAUCCCAAUUUAUUAAAUUUAAUAAAUUGAAACUUUAUUUAUUUAUUUAUUUACCUUCGCCAGUUAUAUAAAUACGUACGGAAUAAUACGGUAGAUAACAUAUUGACACAUCCUACCCUAGUAGUCCAACUUACUCAGUCGCUGUUGCGAUAUUACAUACUGUAUAUGCAUCGCAAUUGUAACAUUGCUACUAAUUAGGGGCUACCUAGGAUCAUACAUUCAAAAGCAAUUUUCUUAAAAAAACAGUGAUAGCAGACUUCAUAUUAAAUUCCAAAAUGCUUGAAAGUUGUAAAUAUCACGAGUUUGUAUAUUAGUGAACUUACCAAGUGUCCCGAAGCACCUACAGUUAAAACAGAAUGCUGCAUCUUAAUUCAGUACAGAAUAUUCUAGCCAUGAAUGGAGGUCAUACCAAUGAGAUUGGAACUUGAAGGUUCUUUUCCCAGAUGUUGAUACGGGAAAUUCGAUAAGUGGUCUAAUAGGACCCAAAUUAUUUACUAUUAAUGCUCGAUUCGCUUCAUCGACGAUCUUCAUUUGUUCCAAGUUUCUUUGCACGUAAACCAAGAGGCAUGGCAGAAAUCGAUAGGUGGAAGGCAACUGAGUAUAGGCAAUUUCUUGUGUAUACUGGUCAGAUAGUUCUCAGUGGUAUACAAAGGCCUGAUCUAUAUGAUCACUUCUUAUGCCUUAGCGUUGCUAGUUCCAUACUGCCGGCGGCGGAUAUGCCCUAGGUUAGCUUUGCUUCAUAGGCUGUAUGCUAAGCAACUGAUGGAAUACUUUGUGGAGCAGGGGAAGGUUUUAUAUGGCAAUGAGUUUCACGUGUAUAAUGUGCAUAGCAUGAUACUUUUGGCUGAUGAGGUCCAGGAGUAUGGAAGCUUGGAUGCAUGCAGUGCAAUUUCCAUUCGAAAAUUAUAUGCAGAAAUUAAAAAGAUUAGUUCGGUCUCUGGAAAGAACCCUAUUGCGCAGAUAGCCAAACGACUAAGUGAGAGCUAUGGUGCCAUCCCGCAGUCCCGAGAAGCAGUAAUCAGUCUGAAGAAACCGGACAAUUGUUUUAUACUGAGUGAUUCAUCUUGUUGUGAGGUGCUUGAUAAAUCUAAUCAUCCCGAUGAUGGCGAAAAUAAAUAUUUGUGUCGUGUAUAUGAGAGGACUGAAGCUCUAUUUCGUCGACCAUGUGAUUCGCGCCUCAUUGGUGUGCACAAAGGGAAUCCACGGUGGACAACUAUGAAAGUUGUGUCAGCACAAUCCCUCAACAGAAAUGCAAUGAAGGUUGAUCUUGGGCCAAACAAGAUUGUUUUUAUGGCUAUCCUACACAGUCACUAAGAAUAAAAUGCCAAAGGUCAUGUGCCUGUCCUAAUAGUUACAAUAAUGUGACUAUUUCCUUGUGGGAUAAAUGAAAAUGAAAUCAUAGAAAGUUAAAAGUAAAAUUUAAAAUUUUUUUCAUUGCUCAAAUAAUUGUAGCAAUAGCAUAGGAAUAUUUGCUUGAACAUAUUCAGACAUAUAGUCUAUAACUGCAAAUAUAUAUCUUUUUCAUUGAAGAUGACUACCACUGGUUUUGCUGUUGUUGAGUUUGUCGAUGAAAAGUCAGUUGAGAUAAUUUGUGAAAAAUGGAUAGAGACAUGUGAUGGGGUAAGUAUUGCAAUUUUCAGUAAUUAUAUGUAGCGGUAUAUAUGGGUGAUCAUAAAGGAAACCAUGUUACGUUGAGGAUGUCAUAUAUUUUGCAAAAGAUUGUUAAACUACAGAACCAGCUCUAUGGUUAGUAUUUUAUAAUGCAAGGUGUCUAUUUUUUAUCUUAGGUAAUGUACAGCUACUGGCCACAGUUAAAUGCAAAAGGAAAAGCUAAAAAAGCUGAGAUCCCCGACAAAGAAUUAUGGAAGAAGUAUAACAUAAGGGUGCUGUCAUACACCGGUAUUAAUGUAUUUAAGUAUAAUGUAUUUUAGUAUAAAACCAUGUUCUGUUUGCCCAUUCAUGCAGUUCACCUAUAAAUCUGGUGCAAUAUUUAUUGCUACAAGCAUCAACUAUUGUGUUGCAAAAUAACAGUAUGUGUACCUCUCUGUAUUGUCCAUAUUAGAGAGGUACAACUGUAUUUGAAUUUCAGUCGUUGUACCAUUUUCUAAUGCCUUUUAGAUAAUUUCAAGACAGCUCAAAAACGGUUAAAAAAAGCUGAAGAAACAUCAAAUGUUGAUUCAGAGUCUGAUUCAGAUGGUUGCGAAAGAAGAAAGAGGUCAAAACCUAACACCCCAAGAAAGAGAAGUCGACCAGGAAGUUACCAUUAUGCUGAACUGUCGGAAUGUUACGAUGGUAAGUUUCAACCUGUGAGUUUGUUUGAAUAUUUUCCGAUUACAAAAGUCCAGUAGGAUCCUCUAGGAAUUCCAGUAGCAAAUUCAGACUUUUACUUAUACAACAGACUAAUGACAGUAUUCCUAAAGGAGUUCCUUAAUUAAAACAUAAAAUAUUCUAAUACGAUUUCAAAGGAAUAUUCCAAUAAAAAUACAUUGUAUGACUGCAGCCAAAUUUCUUUUUGGAAUCAUCCAUACAACAAUAAAGUUAUCGAUCCAUUGAAUAUAGGUCGAUAACUUUUACCAAUAUUGUAACUGUACAUUUACUUUUUUCUCUCACAUAAAGGCAAUGAAACAGAUAAUCUUGCACACGAAGAAAAUUUAACACGUACUGCUCUCACACGGAGUCACACCACUUCUUCCUGCAGCACCCAUGUUUCCUGUUACAUCAUCCCCUGCAUGGACUAAAUAGAAAUGGAGAUUUCUCAGCUGCCCUUAUAUCUGCGGUUAACACUGUCUUUGAUUCAACACCAAGUGGUGAGAACACCCUGAAAUUGAUUAAUUAGAAGAAUUAUCACAGUUCCAUGUUAACACAUUGCAGCUACUGUAAUUUUUGAGAUUGCUUUUAUUUUUGUGCAGAUGUAAGCUGUGGUAGUCGUCCAUUACACUCAAGUAUCCCUUGUGCAUCUACAAGUAGUCCAAAUUAUUCAAAUUCUCAAAGACAACAUCAAAGUAAGUUUGAAAAAUCUGUCGUUAUGAUUACAUAGACGCAUUGUCGAAGAGGUUAACAUACACUAUCUUUGAUCCAACUCCGGUUGGUGAGAGCACUUCUGAAUUGAUUGAUUAUAUUAGAAGCAAAUCGCAAUUCCAUGUUCACUCAUUGCAACUACUAUAACUUUUGAAAUUGCUUUAUCUUUGCAUAGACGUACUUACCAGCCUGAAUAAUGUGAGCAGUGUUAGUCGUCCAGUUCACUCAAGUACCCCUUGUACACCUAUCAGUACUCCAAAUUAUUCAAAUUCUUAUAGACAGCAUCAAAGUAAGUUUAAAAAUUUGUGCUUGUUAUGACUACGUAUUAGACGUAUCGUCUACAUCUGCCAACAAGCUGUCAACAAGAUGUCAACAAGAUGUAUUCGCACUGCUUGACAGAAGUUGUCAACAGGUUUGGAACAAUUUGUUGACAACUUGUAACAACCUUGUCGAAAUGAUCAGACAUGUUGCAAGGUUGUUCUGACAAGUUUGUUACCGGUACAUGCUUAAAAUAAAAAGAUUGUUACAACCUUGUAACAUCCUUGUUAUAUUAUGGCUGUGACAAACGUGUUAGCACAGUCUUGUAACAGGGCUGAUAAUACCAUCAAGCUUGUUACAAGUUGUUACGUUAACAGCUUGUUUCACACUUGUUACAACAAAACUGGGAACAAACAUUGCGAACACAACUUGUUGACAGCUUGUGAACAGACUUUAACAAGAUGCUUGUGAUUGUUACUCUGAACAUAUACCCACACCGGGCAAGCUUGAAAAAUAUGCCUCGCUACGGUGGGAUACUAACCUACGACCUUUGGAACACUAGCCCAAUGCUUUGCCAACUGAGCUACGCGGUCAGGUCGGUUCGAGUAUGCGAUAUUUCGGAACUGAGUCUAGUUCCUUCGAUAUCAGUGUAAUCUAAUAAUCAUGAUAUUUACUGUGUUGGUGUAGUGUACUCAGGUGAAUACGAUGCUUGUGAUUGUUACUCUGAGUGUGUAUCCGCAUCGGGCAGGCUUGAAAAAUAUGAAACGACCUGACCGCGUAGCUCAGUUUGCAGAGCAUUGGGCUAGUAUUCCAAUGGUCGUAGGUUCAAAUCCCACCGUGGCCAGGCAUAUUUUUCAAGCCUUCCCGGUGUGGAUAUACACUCAGAGUAACAAUCACAUGCAUCUUAUUCACUUGAGUACACUACACCAACACAGCAAGUAUCAAGACUUUAACAACUUGUUUGAAGAUUUGUUACAACUUGUGCGUUUUUACGUGUGUAACAGGUUAACAUACUGUAUACAUGCAUGCUCUUUACUUUUAUAUUUAACACCAGUGUAUUGUAAUAGCUUUUUGCAAGCACAAAUUUCAUUUUUUUCAAAAAUUUCAAACCAAACCACUGUGUAAUUUAUGGUUGCAUGCCCUCAUUGUUAUACAAUUUAACUAGUACCAUUACCAAUUUUUAGAUGGAUUGAACAAAAGCACAACGAGCCUUAACAAUGAGAAUCCAGUGUUAACACAUAAUGGUAAAUCAAGUUCCACCAGACAGGAUCAACAAGACAGUAAGUUACUAUAUUUGACCACAUUUGACCACAAGACCAUGAUAUAUUUCAAUAGUCCUAUGGUUAUACUUGCUCAUUUUAACUGAAUUGUAACGACAAAGCACCAAAGAAUUGUUUAUAACCGUUAUUAAUUUUGUUGACAUUCCAUCACUUUCAAGGUAAAAUGUAAACAGAUGCAUUGUGGUUGACAAUGACUCUUUAAGUUUGUAAAGCCAGCAUGUUACUUUUACCCUUUGUCAUACGCUGCAUAUUUUCCUAUAGUCUUCUAUUUUGCAUAUUCUGUAGUGUGAUUUGCUUUUUGUUUGUAGUUUGUUUUGACUACGCUCAUCUGGUACGCUUUUGUAUUCACUGAUAUAAAAGCACAGUCGUGUGUUUUCCCGAUUCCCGCUACCAACUCCCAAUAAAGGACCUUCGCUCGAGAUCUCUCGUAUAUUUAGGUGCUAUUCAUGCUAUCAAAUUUGGCAUGGAAUGAAAAUUGAUUAGAAAAAAGAAAAACCUUUCUUACAUAACCUUUCUUGGUUUCCAAAUUGAUGGAAUGCAAAAGUAUUAAACCAUACCAACGCUUUGAUAUUUUUUGUUGAAUUAAAUUAGUAAUUGCAUAGUGCUUUUCCAAGUACCCUUUCAGUUACGAAACGCACGUUACGGAGACUUGCUAAUGGUGAAAUUAUUUGUAGACUUUCAGCGAUGCGUCCUCACGAAACUGGACAUUAUGAUCGAAAAACAGGAUGAAGGUCUUUCUAUUUUGAGGAUGUUACUCGGUGCCACCAUAGAUAUCUUAUAUAAACUAGAUAGCGCAUCUCUUUUAGUAAAAUUGAAGCCAAGAAUAUCCCAGCGGUUACCCCCAUUUGAAUAGAUGGCGGCCAUGUUGGAGCUUCCCACUCGCUAAUAAACGCUUAAAAAAUAACAAUAACCGCUUUCAUCAUUUGAAUAGUUUGAAAAUGUAUUUAUAAUAGGAUUAACUUAAUGUUUAAGUUGCCUGUUUAAGAAAUAGGAUACAUACGAAUCUUCUCAUUUCAUGGGAAGAUCCUGAGCCUGCAAUCACGGCUUCAAUUUUUGAAUUGCAGAAUAAUUAGAUGCGCUAUCUAGUGUAUAUAAGAUAUCUAUGGGUGCCACCAGUAAAGCUACUGAUAAUACAGAUGUAAUGUUAGAGGACAUAAUUCCAAGUCCAGUCGACUCUGUUGACGAUUUAAAUAAAUUGUCGUCUCGCCUUGACGAUGAUCAAGAAUUUACGAUGAAAAUGGUAAGUAUUCCUACAAAUACUAUUUUCAUUAUCCAAGGUGAAGGACGCUGUACAGAGUAUAUAUAUCUACCGGGUGGGGCAAAACAAGCAGUACGACAGUUUGACAAUAAAGUAUAAUGCGUCUCAAGACAUUAAGUUGUUGCAUGUCGUAUGUAUUAAUAUUUAAUAAGCCAUUUUUAGCUAAUUUUGUCAGUUCCAGAAAUGUUUUCACCAAGAUUUAAGUUGGAUAUCGCUGAAUGCCAAUAAACGUGUUUUAGUGCCAUUGCUCUUUUAGUUUUUUAGUUCACUUACAGUACAACCACUGUGAAAUUUGACUUCAAUUACAGUAGAAUAUAAUUCUUUUCUAACAUAUUUAUAUAUUUUAGGCAAAUUUAUUGAAUUUAUUCUUCAUUAAUCAUUAGUGAGUUUUUGAAAUAAUGUAUUAACAAAAUAUGUUUUGUGUAUUUACUGUAAACUGUGGGAUAAGCACUAGGAGAAUUUUUGCGAAAGUUGGCAGUAAUAAUCUGUGGUCUAAUUACAGUCUGAAAGGAAAAAAGUCAAAACUGCCUUUGAAAGACCUUACAAUUAGCAGGAUUUUGAUAAGUAAGUAAUUUGUAUUAAUCUGUUUUUCAUAAUUUCAUCAGUCAUGGACAGUGGCGGAAACUAGCUUUCAUUUUGAAAAAUGUAACAUGUGGGCCACAUGCUAUAAUACCUGGCCAAUAUAGACUUGCUCCAAGUCUCUCUUUCAUUGUCAUAUCGAUCCACUAUAGUGUACAUUACAUGACGUAGAACGGAGAGGCGGAGCGAGAAAGAGAGACUUGUCAACUUCGGAAAAUCUCGGUCCAAAACUGAACCGAAAAUGCAAGACUUGCUUUAAUUGUUUUACUUCAAUUUCUUUCUGUAUUAUUUACUAUAAUUGAACUCGUGUUAUUUACACUAUACUAGAUUAAAGCUACGUUUACACGUUGCGAUUUGUCGGGCCGAUUUUGGUAAAUAAUCGAUGCCCUUCUUCGACAUUUAGCGAUUUAAACGUUCAAUUGAAGCUGUCCGCUCUCUCGUCUGUUCAUAUUAUAGUUUUCUGCGUGCGAAAAGUUUUCAACAACUUUACAACGGAAGAAAAAUCGUUGAAUCGUGAGAAAAAUCUGUGUUAGUGUUACAGAUUUUUCUCCCGAUUUUGUGAAUCGCAAGGUGCUGACGCGAGUACUGACGACAGGUCAUUUACAUACAGCGAGCAAAAUCGGCCCGACAAAUCGCAGCGUGUAAACGUACCUUAAGACAUAUAAACACUGACAGAAAACAAUUAAAGCAAGUCUUGCAUUUUCGGUUCAGUUUUGAACCGAGAAUUUCCGAAGUUGACAAGUCUCUCUUUCUCGCUCCUCCCAUCCGUACUACGUCAUGUGAUGUACACUAUAGUGGAUCAAUACUACAUGACAAUGAAAAAGAGACUUGGAGCAAGUCUAGGCCAAUCGGGAGCCCAUAGCCGGACGACGUCAAAAAUCACGCGUAUCGCGUAUAGGUGCACUUUACCUAUAGAAUCGAUUUCUGGCAUUUCCAAAGUCAUACGAUAGAAACGUCGCGUUGUUUUAACGUUGUGAAAUUGUAUUUACGGUUGGGACUAGCUCACAGUCGGACCAGAAAUGGAAAUAUCGUGAUAAAAAUGCCAAUUUGAAGAUAUAGGCUCGCAAUGUGCUCUCAAAAACGUUUAGCAAAGUUUCCGCCACUGGUCUUGGACUGCUUUGCAUGUACUUGCCAUAAAAUAUUACCCUAAAUUUUAGUUUCUAAUGUUCAGCAAAACUUCUAUAUACAGUAUUGUUUACAACGUCGCUGCCAGCGGAUAUUGUUGUUGCAAAUCUUUGUCAAACUGAUUUAAGCAAAGGUUGGGUUAUAUUUAUGUCAUGGGUCAAAUAUAGGCUUAUUAUGCAGCCAUCGCUUUUUAUACAGGUAAAGUAUCUAUGUCUGCGUCUUGAUAGACAAAUAAAUUAAAUCUCUAUUUCACCUUUAACUUUAGAAGCUUGCAGAAGAGUGCACAAGAAGGCUAAUGACGUCGAUGUCGAGUGGCAGCUCGCAGAAUUUUUGAAACAUGCACCAAACAAGCCAGGUGGCACAAGAUACAAGGUAAAUAUUGAAUAAUUCACUGUAAUCCAACUAACACGCCUAGAGGGAACCUUUCUAAACAAGUUCUUUUUUUUCAGGACCGUGAAAGUCACAAAGAUUAA